AUGUGGUUAGAUGAUGAAAGGGAAGAAAAACCACGGCAUAAUGCCACCUCAAAGUUAGUAGGCAGACACGAAUGUGAGCGAAAUGUAUUUUACCAAGAUAGUACAAUGCAAUGGCUGUGGAAACAGAAACGAGCAUAG